UUGUAUAAUGUAUAUUGUACUUGUAUGCAAGAACCAAGGCUUUUGAAACAUGAGUGCAACAUUAAAAAAAAAAAAGUUUUCAAAAAAGAAUAAAUCUGCAUGGAGAAAACAUAUAAAUGUUUCAGAUGUAGAUGAAUUUUUAGAAGAGCAAAGGCAAGCGGAACGAAUUGGAGACUUUUCCAUAAAAAAAGAUGAAGAUCUCUUUACAAUAGAUGUGCAAAAGUGUCCAAAACUCUUAUUGUCUGCCAAAGAACGAAGAAAACUUAAUGCACAAAAGCCAGCUAAAAACUUAACCGCUUUGGAAAAUACUUCAGCUGUGCAAGACCCAAUAACGAAAAGAAACAAAGUUAAAUUAAAGAAACACGGAAGAAAUAUUUUGGAGGAAGUAACGAAUCCCACUUCGCAAAAACAUAAACAAGCUAAUGAAGAUCGUGAAAAAUAUUACAAUGUGCUUGACAAAAAAAUUGAAACCGGAAGAAAACGUGAUUUCAAUAAGGAUAUUUGGGAAAAUAGCGAUGAGGAGUUGAAAGAAUAUGGAAAUCAUGAAUGGGUUUCUAAGGAUUUAGCGUUGUAUCAUUUGAAGAACACGGGCCGAGCGCACGUAAAACUUCCAGGAACUAUUCGAAAAAAAACUACCCUAUUGAAGCCAAUUGAAAAACCAGAUCCUGGAGUUAGUUACAACCCCACUUUGAAAGAUCAUCAAAAACUACUUUCGAAAGUAUUGUCUAAGGAAGAAGAGAUUAUGAAGCAAGAACGUCAUCUGAAAAGAGUUACCACAGAUAUGUUCUCAAAAGUAACCGUGGCAGAACGUGACAAUGAAAAAUUGAAAGAUAUGAUAUCUGAAAUGGGAGCUGAAAAUGUAGAUAAUCCAAACUCCACUCAAAAAUGUGACGCAAAUAUAUACAAUCCGAUAAAUCCACCAGUAAUUGUAAAAAAGAAAGCUAAACAAACGCGCAGAAAGCAAAAAGAGCAAAAAGAAAUACAACGUAACAUUAAAGAAAAAAAACUACAACAAAAAAAAAUCUCGGACAUAAAUAAACUGAAAGACAUAAAUGAAGAAAUUCUUGAAGAAGAAAAAAUUAAAGAUAUAGUUAAAAAAAAUAAGAAAAUUAAACUCAGACAAAAAAAGGUAGAACCAAAGCGAUUGGGUAAGUUGAAAUUUGAUGAGCCGGAUAUAGAGUUUAACGAAGCUAAAGAUAUAGCGGGAAAUUUGCGAAAUAUUAAAACAGAAAACAGUCUCUUGGUGCAAAGAUUCAAGGUGAUGCAAAAGCGAAACAUAUUACCUGUAAGUGUUGAUGUUGGAGUACGUAAACGAAGAAAAAUCAAAAGAUUUGUAAGAAGCAGCCACAAAGAAAUUCCCGCAAGAUAAUCUAAACCUUAAAGUAUAAUGGUAUUUUAUUGAUUAAUAAAACUUAGAUUUUGAAAAUUUAAAAAAUCGUGAAA